UCUUUACAAGAGCACGUUCUUCUCCAUGAUGGAGUCGCCGAGAAAGAAGAUAUGAUUCUUAUUUUUGUUUUUAAGAGUAAUUUAAUUAAAAAAGACUACAAGAAAAACAAAAUUAGGAAACUAAUAAUCGGUUUAAAUAAAACCUGAACAAUAAGUAGACCUCCCUUUCCCCUCCAUUUUCUUUCGGAAUUGUUUGUAACUGCUGCUGCUUCUUACGCGGCGGUCUUUUUCAAUUUUCUCUAGUUCGACCCACUUCCUCCAUUUUUUUCCCACCUUUCCUUUGGGUGAAUUAAACAAUGUGUGCGCGGAAUUUUCUACGUCAGCUUAAAUCCAACUAAGCUUCUUCGUGAUUUAUUUUACUCAAGAUCGACUCUUUAGAAUCUCACAAUUGAAAUUUGUCGAACAUAGAAUUAUUAAAAAGAAAAAAACAAGAGAAUCAGAGUGUCAGAGUAGUCCAAUCCAACGAUUCAAUUUUGUAUCUUUGGAAGCUUUCCAGGUGUCUUUUAACGAUCUUUUUCUCAGAGACAUAGAAAGAGAGACCGGUGGGAAAGAGAAAAAUCAUAAAAAGGAUCUAGAAUUAUAAUAAAUAUAUGGAAAGCAUACUGGGUUGGCAAUUACUUUUUCUAGGUGGAACAGCAACAUGGAUCGUGUUUUCUUCAAUUCUCAAUGUGACCCAGAAACUCAGAUCUCUUACACAGCCAUGGGUCUCUCACUAUGUAUUGUCUGGUACUUCCAUUGUUCUCAAGAUCCAGAAAUACGAGCAUAGAUAUUUGGAUGCGUUCUUUUCUGGGUUGUCUUGUGUAGUUUCUGUGCCUUUCUACACUGCCUUUCUUCCCUUGCUCUUCUGGGUUUGUUCUCAAUCAAGGCCUCUCAGAUCUACAUUUGUGUUUAGUGGACAUUGCAAAUUGGCUAGGCAGAUGACUCUUUUAAUGGCCUUUUGUGAUUAUAUGGGAAAUUGUAUAAAGGAUGUGGUAUCAGCACCCAGACCAAGUUCACCACCUGUUAGGAGAGUAACGGCCACCAAAGAUGAACAAGAAAAUGCAAUGGAAUACGGAUUACCUUCUUCACAUACUCUUAAUACCGUCUGCUUAUCAGGGUACUUGUUACACUACAUAUUGUCCUACUCUGGAAGUGAUGAUGUCUGCAAAGAAUUAAUGGGGUUUUUCUUAGUUUGUUUGGUUGUUGGCCUUAUUGGUGUGGGAAGAAUUUACCUGGGAAUGCACAGCUUGAUCGACAUUAUUGGUGGUCUAGCUCUUGGAUUGGGUAUCCUGACAUUUUGGCUUUCUGUUGAUGAAUACAUAGAUGAUUUCGUAGUUUCAGGACAAAAGGUUACAUCGUUCUGGGCUACACUUAGCUUCUUGUUACUCUUUGCUUACCCUACGCCAGAGCUUCCAACUCCAAGUUUUGAGUAUCACACAGCCUUCGAUGGUGUUGCCUUGGGCAUUGUAAUUGGGAUACAGCAAACAUACCACCAGUUUCACCACGAAAAUGUUGCACGCAUCUUGACCCCUCAACUUAGGCUUCAUGCUUUUGUGGGUAGAAUGCUCGUGGGAAUCCCUACAAUACUUCUUGUGAAGUUCUGUAGCAAGGCGCUCGCCAAAUGGAUUCUUCCCAUUCUGGCCUAUACUUUGGGAAUCCCAGUAAGAUCAACUAGCUAUAUACCAGCAUUAAAUGGUGCUGGUAAAAAGUCGGAUAUAAAGCAGUCUGGCUAUGCCCAAAAACUGCUCUUUUUCUCAAAGCAGACCUCAUUUGAUGUUGACACAGGCACAAGGCUUCUUCAGUAUGCUGGUCUCGCCUGGUCUACAGUAGACCUCGUUCCUUCUCUAUUCUCUCACCUAGGCCUGUGAUGCUUGGCAUGUGUCUUCAUCAUAAAGGAAAUAUCUUUUUUUUUUAGAUUUUUUUUUUCCUUUUUAUUUUUCGUUUUGCUGAUUGUGAGGUGAGUUUUGCUAUGUUGGGCAGUAAAUAGAAAAUAUUGCUGCAAUUUUUUAGGUCUAUUGUUUAAAAUCAUUCUGAACUUUGAUGGAUAAUAUGCGAUUAUAAAUGAAGAUGAUUGACUUCUGCGGUUAUGCUACUGUUAAUCUGGUAGACUUGGCUGAUAAAUACAACGUUUGGGAAGUUCUUAGA